UAAGGGACGAGUAAACAAAUUCGAAACAUGGAUGGCUCAACAACUUCUUACAAUGACAUUGAUUCACACAUUGGCGUUUACAAUGUUACGUCAAACAUGAAUGAUAGCCAUGGGGCACAUGUAUAUUAUGACGAAAACUAUGAUGAAUUCUAUGACGGAAAUUACGAAUACGUGUAUGACGACCAUCUCUAUGAAAUAUUCAAUUUUGAACUUCCCAUUUAUGGAUAUGUUUGGCCAGUUAUUGUUUUAUUCACAACAUGCUGCAACUUAAUUGUGAUUGGUGGAUUCUUGCGCAAACGCAUGCGCAAUGCGACCAAUUUGAUUUUGGUUUUUAUAGCUGUAUCAGAUUCGCUUACAGGACUUGUGACGUUGCCGGCAACGUUUCAUAUUUUUACGAACGAAAAUUUUGCCCUCACAAAGGACUGGUGCAAUGUGGCUAUGAUAACUCGGCUAUAUAUUUCGCGUGCUUUUCAUACCAUAUCUGUUUGGGAAACACUGCUCCUAGCUUUUCAUAGAUUUCUGCAAAUUCGUCAUCCAAAUCUUGGUAAGAAAGUGUGCACAAUGCCUAAGACAUUAUUUGUUAUUUUAGUAAUAUACAUUGCAUCGUUUGGCUUACAUAUAUUCCAUGCAUUUGAUAUAAAAGCCGAGGAAGGAUUCUGUCAAUGGAGUAUUAGGGAACCAUGUGGCUGGGCGUGUGUUUACAUGUGGUUUUCUUUACUUCUCAGCCACAUUCUUCCGUCACUUGCACUAGUGGGAUUGGCCGUGAUUAUGAUCAGAACUCUGAAUACGUUCAAACGUGAGUCAAUUGUGAGUAACCGUUCAGGACGACGAAAACAGACGCAAAGGAACGUAACUAUAGUCGUGAUUCUAAUUGUCGUAAUAUUCCUUGUGCCAGAACUGCCUUACGGCAUAUUUUACUUGAUGACCGUCAGUCUAAACCACUCGGGAAAACGGAUAUUCCCGCUACGCACCAACAGGCUUAUCCACUGUGUAUAUGAACUUUUCCUCAUUGUUAGUUUUCAUCUGAACUUUUGGGUUUACUGCAUUAUGAUUCGGAAUUUUCGUUCGUGUAUCAAAAGUUUGUUACGUCUAGUGACCUGUCGACCCGCUAACUUCGAACGUCUCGAAGGGGAAGUGACGUCAUCGAGUGGCGGAGGUCUAGAACUAGCUGGAAUGACUACUGGAACAGACACGGACCAGAACUGAAAUACCAAGGAUGCCCCCCGU